AUGAAUAGAGCGACAAGCUUACGCAAGUUCCUGAAGCCAGCUUGGCGCCUUAAUAGUGGCCCAAUACUCUCUGGAACUGUGGUGGUCUUACUAUUGUUUGUAUUUAUAAUGCUGCAGAGUUCAAAAGUAUCCUUCUCUGCUACCCCAGCAUCGUCAACUAUGGAUUCAGCGGUUGCCGAUCCUGAAGAGUCAGGGGCUCUCUCAAAAUGGGCAGUUCAUAAUUUGCCAGGUUUUGAUUUUCAGCGGUCAGAUAAGACAUUGGCUUUUGCGGACACAAACGGAUAUGUAGCUGAGGACUUAAGUCUACUGAAAGACCUGAAAGAGAAAGAAGGUGAUAUGAAAUCUAAGUUCAUAUACGAAAUGGAUGGAAAUGAUGAUUAUGAAAAGAAACAUAGAAAUUUAGCUUAUGAAUAUUACGAAAGAAUUUUUGAAGUGCUUUAUCAAGGUCGUCCAAACGUAUCGAGCUUGGACAGCUAUCAAAGUGACGAGAGGAUAUAUCAUGCGAGGUAUGACUCGCUUGAUAAAGAUGAGCAAAUAUUUGAUGAAGAGUAUUUAUCGAAAUUUUUGCAAUUAACUGAUGAGGAGUUAAAUACCAUGACUCGUGCUCAUAGGUUCGUGGUUGAAAAUUUGCCAGAAAGCUCUCCUAAAGAUUUGUACUCCGGGAAUGGAAUAGUCUACGUUGGAGGUGGAGAGUAUAAUUGGUUAACUUUGCUUUCUGUUAAGUCCAUAAGAGCUUUGGGAUGUACUUUGCCCAUUGAAAUUUUAAUCCCCACAAUAGAUGAAUAUGAACCAGACUUGUGUGCCAGAGUUUUUCCAGCUUUAAACGCUAAAUGUAUAUAUUUGCCAACGGCACUCUAUGAUCCUAAAAAAAAUUCUGCAAUUCCCAAUUUUGAAUUCAAGGGUUAUCAAUAUAAGGCAUUGGCAAUUUUAGUUCUGAGUUUCGAAAAUGUUUUGUUUUUAGAUAGUGACAACAUUCCUGUCUCUCGCCCUGAUGACUUAUUUACUCAAGAACCAUUCACUUCUAGAGGUUUAAUUGUCUGGCCCGAUUUCUGGAAGAGAGCGACAUCGCCUUACUAUUACCAGAUUGCUGGCAUGAAAUUAGGCAAAAAUUUAUUGCCAAGAUAUAACGAAGUUUCUGGAGAUUAUGAAGAAGUUUCUUCUCCAUACUCAACUAAUAACUGGAAAAAAUUUCCUUUGCAUCAGCGAGAAGGGAGUAUUCCAGACCCUACUUCAGAAUCUGGCCAACUAAUGAUUAACAAAGCUACCCAUAUCAAGGCAUUAUUACUAGCACUAUACUACAACCUAUAUGGUCCAACUCACUUUUACCCCUUGUUUUCUCAAGGAUCGGAUGGCGAGGGUGAUAAAGAGACUUUUCUAGCUGCAACAUGUGCAUUAAAAAAACCUUACUAUCAAGUGUCCAAAUUUUUAAAUGCGUUUGGCUACUUCAAAAAUUCAAACGAUUUCGAGGGAACUGCCAUGGGUCAGUAUAAUCCUAUUGAUGAUUUUCAUAUGAAUAUGCUUAGAAAAGAAUUAGCUACCAUGUCCUCAGAAGAAAGAUCUCAAUUGAUAAGGACAGAAGAGACUCUUGAAAAGGGUCCCCGUAUUUUAUUUGUUCAUUCCAAUUUCCCGAAACUAAACCCGUGGUCUCUUAAAACUAAGGGCACCAUAUUCAAUGAUGAGUCGAAACGAAUAAGAAUAUACGGUCUGGGAAUGAGACAACGAAUGGGCUAUGAUUUUGAAACAGUGCAAUGGACCAACAUGAAAUUUUUAUUAUGUGACUUGAAGAUUCAAUUGAAGGCCUUCGACCUUAUAGAUUUGACUGAUUUAUGCAAGGAAGUCAGUGAUCACUUGGAUUUUUUGAAAUCAACUAGCGACACCUUAGAAUAA